AUGGUUUUUAAAUUCAACCCAAAUAAAACCUUGAAAGACUUGGAAAAUAGAAUUAAUGAAUUAGAAGAAAGUAAAAAGAUUUACAAAGAAGAAAAUCAAUUGUUAUUCACCUUUUUGUUUGACGAAUUAGGUAGUAGUGAUUUAGAUAAUUUAAGAGAAUUAUUAGCAGGAAAGAAACUUACUGAGAUAAUAGAUGAAUCAGAAAAUCGGAGGCGAGAAAUUCAAAAUUUAACAUCAAAAAAAGGGGAGUCUUCAAAUUUAAGUUUCCAAUUCAAAUAUUUGGAAGAAAAGAUUAACGAACAUGAAAAAGAAGCUAAAGCCAAACAAGAAACGAUCAAUGAUUUAGAAGAAUUGGUCAGAGAACAAGGAAUAGCCGCUGAAGUCAAGAAAAUAACUAUCAAUGCAUUAGAAGAAAAGAUUAGGGAGCUAGAAGAACUAACCGAAGCUAAAGCCAAAACUAUUUAUGCUCUAGAAGAAAAGAUUAAAGAGCGAGAAGAAGAAGCCAAAACUAAACAAUUAACAAUAAAUUAUUUAGAAGAAAAGAUUAACGAGCGCGAAGUAGGAACCAAAAUCAAGCAAGAUAUUAUUAGCAAUUAA